UUACAGAAAAUAGGGUUCCAGGCGUUUGAACGCGGAAUUUUGUGGCCCACAUUUUUCCCGUCCGUCAGGAUAAUCGGUCCGGAUUGCACAACGGUGAAGGCUGGGAAAAGCAAGUGCAAAACAAUCGGUGACAUUCGCGGGUGCCAUCUUUGCCUGCAGCGAGAAAGAGUGCGCGAGGGAGACAAAGAACGAAUCGAAGUGUGUUGCUGCGAUUGAAGAAAGUGCCAAGAAGCAGCGUAUAUAAACAGAGGGAACGUGUUCGCAGCAUAAUUGUUUGUGCGAAACGUGUACGGAUUUGUGCGGGGAUCACCAAAAAUAUCAGCCACACAAUGGUUGCCAGAGUGUGCAAUCGGCCAUUCCAGGAUCUGCGCCACACGCCACCCCCCCUCGGAGUCGCUACGGCGAAGCGGGUGACCGGUGGCAGAGUUGGCCACAUCAAGCGAAACCUUUUCGGAGACACCGUGGACUCGAAACGUCUGAAGCAGUUUGUCGAUCAUCACAUCGCCUCGGAGAACGAGGAGAAGCGCAGACGCUGGAACUUUGAUUUUGCGGCCGGCCGACCCGAGGAAAGUGGCUCGUACCAGUGGGAACCGGUGGCACCGGUGCGACCGGAAGCACAGUCACCACCCUCCGCCAUGAUCACACUCACCCGUGCGGCGCAUGUCAUCCCGGCGACUCGACAACUCCAGCGAGACACGAGCUGCGAUUCGCUCGCGAUGGAAGAACUAAUGGAUGACCGGGCCGAACGGGCCAACCGGGCGGUGGAGGCGCAGCACUCGGACCCGGAGGAAUCGAUUCGAACGUACCCGAAUCUGGCCGGCACCACCACCACCUCCUGCGAGGCCACGACACCGCCAUCGUCUUCAUCGUGCAGUUCAACGACAGCGGCCGAAAUAAAACAACCGCAAAUCACCGAAUACUUCAAGAAAUGCAAGCGACUGUCGGUGCCCAGCCAGGCCAAGAAGGUGCGUCGGGUGGUGUCCGAAGCGACGCCACCACCGCCGCCGGCUGCGGUAAGCCGCCGCCAUUCCGUGCCAUCAACCUCUUCCGACUAGGCUUCCGAUCAAGAUCCGACACAGAGGACCCGCGCAGACGAUGGGGUUGUCCGUUUCCCACCGGAAAAGAAGACAGAAGACAGACAACCUUCAACACCCAUCUCGUACCGCCA